AUGGCCAAGUCAGAUCUCCAGAAGAAGGUCUUUAUUUUCCCGGCCGCUAACAAGAAGGCCGCCGUAUAUCUGAACGUCUCCUUUCCAGAGCCCUUGACCAACUUCACCGUCUGCCUGAGAUACUCCCCCUUGCAGUUCCGCUCCUAUACCCUCCUCUCUUACUCUACCAAGCACAAGAGCAAGGAUUUCCAGAUUGUUAAGCCCAACUCUCACACGUAUAACCUCAUAGUAGGUGGGCUGAGCCAGAUUAUUGGGCCUUUGAAGCAGUUAGAUGCGGAGUGGCAGCACGUCUGCGUGGCCUGGAACUCCACCAGUGGCGUGGUCCAUUGCUGGCUCAACGGAGAGCGCCUCCCUCGGUUUGUGAUGAGGAAGGGUUACAAGAUGGGCCAAAACGGGACCCUCUUCCUGGGGCACGGACUGGAUUCCUGGGGGAAGAAGGAAUGCUUCCUGGGAGAAAUGGCGGAUGUGAACCUAUGGCUCCGGGUCCUGACAGACGAAGAAGUUAAUUCGGUCAAGAAAAACGACGACGUCCCCAACGCUUGGCUCAGAUGGAGAGCCUUUAAUUACACCGCCCAGGGUGGGGCCUGCGUCGAAGAGGCUCUGCACCACGUUUCCUGA